CGACUUCAUUAUUCAACACAGUUAGUAGUAGUAGAAGUAGUAUUAGUAGUAGCGGUGCGCUCAGCGAAUUUAUUCUCACUCUCUGUGUGUUCACUAUCGUCACCGGUUUUGUUUUUGUUAUCGUUUGCAGUUUGUUAUCGUUUGUCGCUCGUCAGUUAAAAUAAGUCGAUUCUUCAGUACGGGUUCGAUUCUCGGUGCAAGUGCAACAGCAAAAUGGCUAAUAACUUUCGGAAAGUGACCCAUUGCAUUUUCGACAUGGAUGGAUUGCUGCUGGAUACGGAGAAAAUUUACGAGAAAAUGAUGGGGGAUUUGAUCGAGUCAUACAACUCGACCUACCCGUGGGCUACCCGCCUAAAGGUCCUUGGUAGAACCGAACAUGUAGCCGUCUCGAUCAUAGUGAACGACCUGAAGCUACCCUGCACAGAGGAUGAAUUUAUGACAAAGUUACAAGAGAAACAGUUAGUGGAUCUCGCCGACGUCCCUUUCAUGAAAGGUGCCGAACGUUUAAUCCGUCAUCUGCAUCAACACAACAUUCCCAUCGCGGUGGCCACCGGUUCCAGUGCGGAAUCGUACGAGAUUAAAACGCAAAAACACCUGGAGCUGUUUGAUCUCUUUCACCACCAUGUAACGGGAUCGUCCGUGCAGGAGGGAAAACCUGCUCCGGACAUUUUCCUCUUAGCUGCAUCUCAAUUUUCGACCUCACCUAAACCAGAAGAGUGUCUUGUCUUCGAGGAUGCCCCUAACGGAGUGAAGGCGGGAGUUUCCGCCGGUAUGCAGGUAGUUAUGGUGCCCGCUCCCUACAUAACUGAAGAUCAGCGGAAGGACGCGUCGCUGGUGCUGAAUUCGCUGGAAGAAUUCCAACCGGAGCUGUUUGGAUUGCCUGCCUUCACAUAGGAACUGCUGUUGCGCAACAUUAAGAAUACUAGCCCAACUGAGCCACUAUGCCCCAGCAUGAUGACGCCGCACGUUGUUUCAUCCGGAAGCCGGGUAGUGCACUAAUGUUAUGGCGAAACCGCCUUAGAGAUUCGCCGAAAUGUAGAUAAUAGUGCGUUUGCCGGAGGGUUAACUGUUGUUUAUUUUCAGUACAAAAGUUUGGGAACUGAUAAUUUUAAGAUGUUUGAUCGUAAAUAAAUAGUUGUGUUUAUUAAUCGACAA